AUGCAGCCUGAGGUUAGACCUGUACCCACAACAAAAAAUAUACAUAAUCGCUGUUUUUUAUUACCUAGACAUCAAGGGGUUUAUCCAACGGAGUUAAAAGAGAAUUCUCAUAGUCAUCAUCAUAAUAAUCAAGAUAAACAACGACAAAAGGUGGAAGCUUACGUUUUUAGUAAAUUAGAAGAAUAUUCGAAAAAAAGGUUCAUCAAUCUUUUACAUUUAACAUCUCUUUCUCAUAUUCGUCGACGUUUAAAACGUGAUAUUAAAUCGCUUCAUGGACAAUUUGAUUCAAAUACUGUAUCCGAAGAAAAACUUCAUCAAUGGAUUGAUGAAGUUCUUGAACAAAUCGAAUCCCAUAUAUCACAAUUACAAUCAUUAUUUCAAUCACAAGAUGAUCUUGAACAUUUUCUUACAUCAGAUCAAUUUUUUUCAUCAAGAAAUAUUAAUAAUCAAUGGAAACAAUUACAAUUACAACAAGCAAAAAACGUUUUUUUAAAUAAUACAAAUGAUAAUGAUGAGGAACUUUUAUCGAAAUAUCAAAAAUAUAUUAUAGAAAAGUUUACACCGAAAGAACUUCAAAAUAAUAAAAUUACAUUAAGAAAUAAACAAAAAAUGGAUUUAGAUGAAAAAUUUCAAGAAGUAGAAGUUUUUGGACGAAAAUAUUUAAUGGAAAUGCUUGAUAAAUAUAAACAACGUCAACAUCCUAAAUUAGAAUUGAUUCAAGAAAUGAUUGAACUUGGAAUGAAACAAAUGAUUAAAAGACCGAAAAAAGAUGAAUUUCGUCAAGCAUCAAUAUCAUCAAAUAUUCUUCAUAAAGCAACAUUUAUUCUCAAAAGUAAACAAUCAUAUUCAAUGUCUCUUCACAAUUUAGCCGAUGAUUUUAUGGUUAGUAUUUAUGUUUUUAAAUAA